AUGCCACGGUUUUUUCAAAAAGGACUGAAGAAAUAUGUCAGUAAGAAAAGAGACAAUACAACCUCUAUGCAGAAUUUAAGCCAAGAAGAACAGAUGUCAUCACUAUAUCAAAAUUUGACAAGACAGCAAUAUGAGCAAAUGGGAAUGAGCUCAUCAAAAAGGAUAACUGAAGAAGCAUUUCCAGAAGAUAAAAGUUGGAGUUCUGAUUCAGAAAGCGAAGAAAAGAAGAGAGAGGCCCAUCGAGAAAGUCAACCUUUACCAGAUGAUUUGCAAGAUAAAAGUAUGUCAGAGUCUAGCGAGCCUGAAGGAUCAUUACAACAACGAGAUAAUCAACAUGCCAUGUCCAAAUCAACUAAACUAUUCGAUUCAUCAAAAAUUAAUCCAGAAAAAGAGAAUAAUGCUCGCAAAACUGAGAAAUCAGUCUUUCCUGAAGAUGUCACUGAUGAGUCUUCUGAAGAGGAGGAGAGUGAUAUUCCUCCUAAAGAGGAGACAAAAGAUGACCCAAAGGAAGAGACGAAAGAAGAUAACAAAGCAAGGACUAGAGAAAGACAUAAGUCAAAUAGAGAAUCCGUAUUUCCAGAGGACAUAAGUGCUGAAGAGCUUUCUUCAGAUCCCUAUAAGCUCCAUUCCUCAGAGAGUUUGGGGCAAGACAAUGCUCUCAACCUCCAAAAUCUCGCUAGGGACCAACUUGCUUCCCAAAAAUCUGACUAUAGUCCUCUUAAGCACAGCGACAACAUCGAGAUGCGCCGUGGUAGGGGCGAUCAGGAUAACACCUACGAUCACCAAGAGCCAGAUGGCGAGUACAUCCGUGAUGGCGCGCCGAUGGCCACAAGCCAUAUCUCACAGAACUCCAAACGCACCUCCGAAAUCAGUGACAUUGUUCAUGGAGACAUCCUUGCCGACGAUGCUGAAGAGUUCGACUACGGCGUGGCUAAGCGAGAGUCUGAACUCAGAGAUGCAACUAGUCACCUUGCCGAAGUCAGCGUUGAUGAUCAAGAAGACGAGCAGCAAGAUGCCAGGUUCUGGAAUGGAGCCCCAAGCGACUGGGGAAGCGACCUUGACAAGGACAUUGAACAGAUGACAAUUUUCAGAGACGAAUUCGAUCAGAAGCUGAUCUCGGAUAGAGAAAAUACCAUAGAAGAGUAUCAGAAAAAUCUUGAUAAAAAUUUUGUUGAAUUGAAGAGGUUUAUCAAUACAAUUAUGGGCUCUUAUCCUCCAGGGUUCUUCACUUAUUGAUAUAUUAUCCCUGAGUUUAGAAGAGAGGAUAACUUUCCUACUCAAUACUUUGGAGAAGGUGAUAGAUACCCAAUGAGGAGAAGGAUUGCUAAGCAAAGGUUUAAAGAGCAACAGGAGAGUGAAAGUAAUCGAGAUUCGACAACAGAUACUGAGCCUCUUCAGCAAUACAGACAGCCUACUAAAUUUGAUCACAUUGUUAGGGUCAAUGGAAUGACAGCAGCAUAUAUUUACGCUGAUUUGAGAAUGUUCAAACCCAAACAGCACAAAAAAGUGAGACUAUGUGAAAGGAGAUUGAUUCAAAUAAGAAAGAAGAUGGAGAAGGAAAGAAUUCAAAGAGAAAGACAGCAAAGAUAAACCUAAGCGCAACUAAAAAGUUAAGGCUCUCAAUUUAAAAAUAAUUUUCAAU